UGCUCCGUCACGGAGAGGUUGCCCUGCAUCGCUUCUUGCUCCGACAUGAUGCGUGGCAGCUUUUGGGGUAUGGUUCAUCUUCCUGAAGCUCUUACUGUGACUAAGACUAACAGACUGAGAAUAGACUCUACCUGACGGGCUGGUGUGUGAGGAGGGGUAUGCCAUGGAAUGCUGCUUUUCCUAAAUGGAGUAGAGCUUAAUUGCUUGCCCGUUAAAUUGUCUGGCUUAUGCCCUAGGCUGGCCUUAGGAAACUGGGACAGGAUGGCUUUAGGUGGCUUUUGGAGCCCUGCAUCUCCCUGAUAGUCACCAUGGCCUGUCCUGUGGUCAAAGAUCUGUAAGUCGUUUUGAUUUGUGCCUUUUCCUGCUUUGAGAUAUAUCAGCUCCCUGAGACAGACCUUCCUGUGAAUUUCUAGAAACUGGUCUGUCAUGUGUUACCUGUUCGAAAAACAUCAGCUAACAGUAUCUUUCUGUUUUAUCCCUAGUCUCCUUGCAGAUUCUCCAGAAUACAGGAGCUGCUUUGCCACAGCUCUUGUGUGCCAUUAGUGUGUCCUGAAAAAGCAUCCCACCAAUGAGCAUGGGACCCUUCAGAGCUCAUUAUUGAAUCUGUGUGCUGUCCUAGUUGCCUGCAUGGCCUCUAGUCAAUGGCUUACCAAGCUUUGCUUUGCAAGCUCCUGGCUGUUUAGAGAGACUUGGGGUCCUCCUGUCCGACUGUGGUGUCAGCAUUCUUCCUGGUGAACAUGGGACAGGAAGCUUAUUGAAAAAGAGAAGCAGAGAGGUCUUUACUGCCUGUGGAAAGAGAAGCAAGAUUUAUAUGCUUUGAGAAGCUCUACUGUAGUUUGCUGCUGUUCAAUUCUAACAACUCAUCUGCUUGAGGAGAUUCUGUUGUAAUGUAUCCAGUGGCUGUUCCUGCACCAGGAGGUGAAGGAAGUAAUGGACAACAUGGGAAACUUAUUUUUUUCCUUUUUGUUUUUGGAGCUGUGUUGCUCUGUGCUGGAUUUUUUCUUUCAGUCUUUAUUCUCCAGUCGUGUCCAUCUGGAAGCUUCAGUGACUGUAACGAGGUCCUUAAGGCUGCUGGGCCAGUGCUGGCUGUAACUGGACUGGUUUGUGUUUUACUGGCACGAUCAAAGGCCAGGAUGUAUAUAAGACAAAGACAAUUGCAAAAUGAGCAGGUGUACAGCCUUGUUUUUUGUCGUGGGAACUGUCAGUUUGCCCAGUUUCUCAUAUUUGGAUUCCUGUUUUUAACUAGUGGAAUGUUAAUUAGCAUCCUGGGCAUUUGGGUACCUGGUUGCAGCCCUGGCUGGCAUACGAUACAGCUCAACCACACUGGCACUUCUGACAUAGACCUCCAGGGCUGUGGAUUCCUGUCGCUUCAAAUCUUGGGACCUUUGAUUGUGCUCACUGGGUUGUGUUUCUUCGUGAUAGCUCAUGUUAAAAAGAAGCAAAACAUAAAUAUAAACGAAGACUCCUAUGAAAGUGAAGAACAUCCUCAGAGCCCUGAAUCCUUUCAGGUUACAGUAGGUGAUGCUGUGAUGGUAUUUCCACCCCCACCGCCUCCUUAUUUUGCUGACCCUAUGUCACCAACUGUGACUCAUUGUCUUGUGUCAAGUGUUUUGCCUACAAGUGAAAAUCCACCACCAUACCACUCUAUCUUCAGUGAUGGAGCACAGCUUGCUGAUGAUGAAAGAACAGUUGCUGUUAGAGACUAUGAAUCCAUAUAUGCAAUUUCUGGAAGCAGCUCACCUUCAGUUAUUUUACCAGUGCUAUACCUUUCUUCUGAAUCACCACCAAAAUAUGAAGAGAAAGCAUCAAUAACAAAUAAUGAAUAUUCGCCAUCUUCUUCCUUAUCUUUUUCAUCUAUUUUCUUAGCCACAUCUGACACCAGCUCGUAAAGGACUGACAGUUCACUUAAUUUUUAAUAAAAUGUGCACAGAUUUACAA